GCUUGGUAGCAUGGAUACGUGAGAAACGCGUUUUGAUGUUUGUACCGACGUUAAAAUAAUUAGGUGGUUUGUUUUUCUUUGGUGAAACUGUUACUGUCUAUAUUAAAAUUAGGAUCAUAUAAACGUUAUUAGUGAAUAAUCUGAGGGAAACAUCGUAUCCGAAGUAUCAAAGAAAGAAAAGAAAUCUAGGAAGGCCUACACUACACUACAACUUACAUUACAAUACAAGUUACAACUACAUCUACAUUUGAAUACCGAUGACCAAUUCAGAACAAGAAGAUUGAUGAACAGCGUGAAUACAAAAGGGCUAUAGUAUAGUCUGCUACUGCACCGGUAGUCUUGCUUUAUAUAAUAUAAAUUUGCGCAUAUUUUUAGUUUGAAAACAGUGUAUACUGCCACAGCACUGGUGAAGUACGUGCAGUUUAGAAAUUUGUGAGCAUCUUAUUUAGUUACGAUAUUCGACUGAUACCGUAAUUAGCAUGAAUCAUAUUACUAUAAAUGUAGAACAUUUACCAGAGAUUGUUCUUGAAUAUAUACUUUGUCAGGUUUCUCUAUACAGUGAUUUGAAACAUUGUAUGUUGGUCAACAGACGAUGGUACAACUUAUCCAAAGCUGCUGUCAGAAAAGUUCAGCGAGAUUUGCAACAUGCCUUAAUAAACAGACAAAUCCAGUGGCGCCACAUGCUUCCAGAACCAGGACCUAAAAUAUCUGAACGGUAUGCUCAUAGCUGCUGUGUAAAUGGUGAUUCUAUGUAUGUUUUUGGUGGAUGCACCACUGCUAAUACAACAUUCAAUGACUUGUGGAGGCUGGACUUAGCAACUCGAAGAUGGAUUCGUCCUUUAGCUACAGGUACUUAUCCAUCUCCAAAAGCUUGUGCCACAUUGGUAUCUCACAAAGAUAAUCUGGUUCUCUUUGGAGGGUGGACACAUACAUCCCCAUAUUCACCAUAUCAGAAUCGGAAAAUUUUCGGACACCUGCAUGUUUACAGCAUAGCAACUAAUCGUUGGACACAGAUAGUGACAACUUGCACUUCACCAUCUCUUGGAGGUCACACUGCUACACUACAGAAUGAUGAAAUGGUUGUUUUUGGUGGCUUGGAGUGUCCAAAUGGAGCAGGAAUAUUUUCUAGCACCAAUGAUGUUUGGGUGUUGAAUUUGAAGGAGUGGACAUGGAGAAAGCAAGCUACUACAAGUCCCCAACCUCAUCCUCGAUAUGGUCACUCACAGGUGUCAAUUGAUAACAAGAACAUUUUAAUUCUUGGUGGCUGUGGAGGACCAAAUAUGCUUUUCAAUGAUGUGUGGCUAUUAAGAAAGUCUGUUGAAGUAGAGGAACCAUGGGAGUGGAUUGAACUUACUGUUUUAAAGAAAGAAAAUGGAACUCCUCAUUUGGCUUUUCAUCCUGUUUGUAAGGUUGGAAACCAUGUAGUGAUACUGAGUCGUGGACAACAAUAUCGUUCCUCUCCUUCUUGUUUACCUCAAGUUUUGAGAGUUCCAUCCAGGAUAUGGGUUCCUCCACAAGCAGAUAGCAGGCCUCAUUCAAGAAGCAGUCAUCAACAGGAAGUAUGUUUGAAUGGGAAGAAAGGUGUACUAAAACGUCAGAAAGUAGAUAGUCAGUUUCCAGUCUCGAGCAGUGAUGAGGAUGAAAAGUCCCAGUCAAAAGAGCAAGCAAAAAAAUUAGUUUCAACAAACAGGAGUCAGACACAAGCUACAUGUGAUACUUCCCCUAGCAAACCUGGCCCUUCUCAUGUGAUUAGAACAUCAGAGACAUUUGGAACUUCCACUAGUCAUAAACAGGAAAUUAGUCCUAGGCCAAUUCUAUCCAUAAGGCCAAAUGCUCAGUGUAACAGACAACGGCAGUUGGAAAGUCUUGAAAGGAUGGAACAACGAAUCAGACGUCUCAGAGCAGGAUCUAAACCAUGCUACCCAAGUGGAAGAAGACAGCAGAGGAUAUCAAGCCCUUCAAGGAAUGCUAUGUGUAUAUAUGUACUGGAUAUAGGUGAUGCAACUGAGAAAAAAUCUGUAUCGUGGAUCCCCUUCCCAACAGAAAGCACUAUGUCAUUUGGUCCUGAAGAGAUGAUCCUGUUUUCAUUAGUACUGGGACGUGGUGAACUUAUUAUGUUUGGUGGGAUACAGAAGGAUUUAGUUUCCAAACGACAGGAAGGAGAAGCAGUUCCAGAUGUUGUCUCUAACUCUCUACACUUCAUUUGUCCAGAGCAGUUCAGUCUCUGAUAAUCAGAAGAUGGCUUAGAGCUAAUGGUUCUUCUGCUCAUCCAAAGAAAAAAAGAUUUUCCGAAGAACUUUUCUAGUUAAUCCAAUGGAUAUGUCACUCCAUUAUCCAAGUACUUUCUUUUUUUUUAAAUUACAUCAGAAAAUUUUCCAACUAAUUUCACUGUUGAUGAGAUUAAAGAAAUCUUAUUGUAGUGUAUAUGUACAUGUACCAGGUAUAAAAUAUAGUAUAGAAACUUAUCACUCUGUCCUCUAAAACUUUAGAUUCAAAAUUGUGUAGGAAGACAAUUACUACUACCAGAGAAUUCUGGAAAUUAUUUAAAAACAAUAUAGAACAAAUGUUUUAAAAAUCUUGUAGCUAAGGGUAUUUUUAGCCAAAUAUAUGUGCCUGUUAAAGGGUCAAGCAACUAAUGAUAAUAAUAUUUAAAAAAAAAACAAAUCAGUGGUGAUUUCAAAGAAGUUUGUUAAUUUUCUUUAGAUACAUCUUAAUAAUGCUUUUGUGUAAUAGUUCCAUUAAUUCAAAAGAAUAUUGUAUAAAUUAUCUCAUUUAGGUGUUUAAAUUUUAUGGACUAUGGUAAGUAGCCAAAGAUGAAUGUGAAGCUACUCUACAAAUGCAUAAAAUAUUAGGGUACCUAAAAAAAUUAGUUGAGGCCUUUCAAAAAAAAUGGUGCAAGAAAAUAUAUUAUUUUAAUCACUUUAACAGUUCACUCAUUAAAAAGUUGUUUGGCUUAUGAUUAGUAUAUUUUGUUAAAUAGAUGGAAUAAAUAAUUUUCAGGUGUAAUAAAUAAUAAAAACCUUCUUGUAUAAAAGUGAAGCAAAGUUCAUCUGAAAUGCAAAAAAAAAACAAAAUAAUUUGUUUCCAAUAUAAAAAAACACGAUGUUCCAAAAUCAUAUUCACUACAAAGUACUGUAUAAGUAAGAGUUCUUUUUUUUUAAAAAAAAGAAUUAAAUUGCAGUUGGUGUUUUCUUUUUGGAUGAAUAAACUCCUCUAAGAACUUGGG